AUGCCUCAGACUGGUCCCUCAAUGUCCCCAGCACUGGGCGUCCGCCUUGAAGGAGACCUACAUUCAUAUUCCCCUGUUAUCCAUCGCGCAAAUAACACAUCUACUUACCGAGGCCGUUUCAAUCUCAUCUCCGAGCCUGCUUGCUCCCAAAAGAUCUUUCAAGGCCCGCUCCAUAUUGAAAGCGGCGGCGAUGAGCAGACAUGGCCGUUUGCAAUAACGCUGCCAAAGUAUGUUGACCCGAGAUACUUGCAGGGCGGGGGCCAAGACGAGAGUUUUUUACCUCUGGGCGCAACAGAUCACAUUCUACCAUCAACCUAUACACUUCGCUCCCUUGGAAACACUGAGGGUUUUAUCGAGUACUUUGUGAAAGCUACCCUGAGGGUCACCGGGCAAGGUCAUGUUAAUAUGACUGAAGCUGUCCUUCCGUUUGAUGUCAUCAACCUCAGCCCUGACCCUCCCAUAGCGGACUUUGCGCUUAAAGGUUCACGGAGCCGUCAGACCAUGUCGAGCUAUCGUCUUGUCCCAGGUAUGGAAGAUGUCAAGUUAUCAUUUUCCCAGAAGAUGAAGCAGUCUUUCAGCACUUCAAGUGUACCGGAAUUCGUCUACAAUCUCCUUGUUGAUGUGCCAACUGUCAUCCAACUCGACAACCCUACUCCGAUACCGUUCAAAUUACGCGUCGUUCCAGAUUUGAAUGGGACAAGCGAAAUUAUCAAAGAAAUCCCACAGAAGGUCAAAUUAUCAUCAGUUUCUAUUCGAAUUGUCAGCAGCACCGAGGUCAUCUGCGAAGGGACUCUGUAUCCCCAUACAAAGGAAAAACGCGAGGAGAUUGACCUGUGUGUUGAGAGUGCGAUAAGCAGAAUCAAGGACGACAUCUAUAUCCCCUGUACAGAUGAAUGGCCCUCACUCGAUAUUGGAGACAUAAUUGAUUUGCGUCUCGGACAAUUACGGCCUGGUUUUCCGCAUCGGCCAGGCGGUGGCUAUGUGCAAUUCAACCCGACUUUUACCACAUACAACAUUCGUCAUUCGCACAGGCUGACAUGGAAGGUCAUAGGUGAAAUAGCAGGAGAGCGCUUCAGCGCGUUGGGGACAGUGGCCUUAAAGAUUUUGAUGCCAAGUGACGAGCGAAGGCGGCUGGGUGAAAAGGAUUCAGUUCAAAGGGCCGAAACUGAAGCUGCAUCUGAUGGUGCACCAGGUCCGUCUCAAUUGCAAAGAAACGAGUCGUGGAUCCAGCCCCCGGAUGAAGAUGACGCACCCCCAAGCUUUACUGAAGUAGUCAAGGAAGACAAGGGAGCACACGUAGCAGAGAAGUCCAGCAAAUAGGCAGACAUGUAGUUCGGGAAUGUUAAC